UCGAAAUUUCAAAUCUGACAGGAGAAAACAAUAACAAGACAGAAACAUGGAGAAAGAAAAUGAGGAUUUUCCUCCCAUAAUGAACAUGCCAGCUGAAGUCAUUGAGCACAUAAUGACAAAUGAGUGUAUUAGUUACAAUGAUGUUCUCAAUAUGGCCAAAACAUGCUGCAAAAUGAAUGAUAUAUGCCAAAGCAACGACAUAUGGAAGACAAAAAUACGACAAAGAUGGCCGAAGAUGCUGAACUGGUAUGAUCGUAAGAUAUCUUACAUAUGGAAAGAAGAGUUUUAUCAAAGACACACGUUUGGAGAUAAAGUUGAACAGCUGUUAAAAACAAUGUCACCAAAGUUCUAUCAAAAAGAAGAGUUAUCCAAAGAGGAUUUUGAUGAGCUAACAAAACUAUCUGAACAACAUGAUCAUGCAGCUGAGUGUCUUGUUGAUGAGCUCUUAUCAGUUUUACACGACAAAAAUCCUAAUGAGGAACUUACCAGUAAGUACUAUGCCCAAAAAGCUGCCCGCCAUGUUCAACAUUUGCUGCUCACAAAGAAGAUAAAGGCCUAUGUAGAAAAGCUGUCUGCAGAACAGAUGCUUGAAAUUGGUGCCACACUGUUUGCCCAGUGGUUUCAGCCAAGUGAGCGGGUCACAGAGACAGAGGUGGCUGACAUGCUUGAUCGACUGGCGGACGAGACGCGACGAGUGCUUGCAUCUGCUGAACCUAAUCACCCGGCUUUAGGGGCGACCCUUGAUCCCAUUGACAUACAUAAGGAAUUAUGGAGCUGUGCACAGAGUCGGGCCAUCUUGGAGGCCAUAAAUGUUGUCCUCUACAUCAAAAAUGAGUUCAAAGGAAACAAGUUUAGGAAUUAUGCUGUAGAAAACUCGUAUAUCAACAAGGUAUUUGAGACAAAGCGAGGCAUACCUAUCACAUUGUGUAUCAUAUAUGCUGGAAUCGCGCGUCGUCUGGGUGUGAUUUGUGAACCUGUCAAUGCUCCAUACCAUUUCCUGCUUAGAUGGAGGCAACACCCUCUUUCUAGUGGUGACCAUGUGUAUGCCUACAUUGACGCCUUUAACAGUGGAAAACUUCUGCAGAUAGAUGAGGUUUCCAGCCACUUGCAGAUUGAACGCGGACUGAUCUCCUCUGAAACUAUGGUGUAUGCCACACCUUGCCAUGUUUUGGAACGUGAGGUACGCAAUCUGGUCCAUGUUGGCCAUGAGUUGAGCAUGCGGGGGGACUAUGCCCUGCUGCGCGAUGCUCUCGAGAUCAGUGUACUCAUGCAAGGCCACAAUGUCGAGUCCAGAAUGCUCCUGGCGAGAAUAAACCUCCAUCUUAACAUCAACCUGGAUGAUGUAUUGGAAAGCCUGGAUUACAUAACAACAGUUGACCAGACCAGAAUUGGGCUAGUUGCUCACUUGACCCUUGCUGCACGACAAAAAAAGGCAGAUAAUGAACGGGAGGGGGAUACACAAAAGAAGGUGAAACUCAGAAAGACUGAGGUGGAGUUUAGUGUUGGCAUGGUGAUGAAACAUAAAAGGUACAGCUACAGUUGUGUGAUCUCUGGCUGGGACGAGAGAAGUAAAGCUAGUCGAGAAUGGAACACUCAGAUGGGUGUAUACAACCUGCCUUUGAAGGACAAACAGCCCUUCUACAAUGUCCUUGUGGAAGAUGGCUCCAACAGAUACGCUGCACAAGAGAACCUGGACUACCACGAAUCCCCAUGUUUAAUAUCCCACCCUGAUGUAGGCAAGUAUUUCGAACGGUUUGAUGGCAGGAAAUACAUUCCCAAUGCAGAGAAGGCUGAAGAGUACCCUGAUGACACUGAGGUUACAGCCAACCUGAUUGGAAAACACUACCAGACCUGAGAAUGAUGUGGUUACAGUGUGGAUAUUGAUGUGGACACUACACGUUUAUCAAGAUAUGCAUCUAUAGCUCAGAGUGCACUGUGAAUAGUACUCAUGAUAAAUUUCUCAUGUUCUGGUGUGUCAGGGAAUAGUCAUAUACAUUUAUAAGAAUAUGCAAAUUAACUCAAAAGUCAGGUAAUGUUUACAUGUAGUCAGAUGCAGGGCUUUUAAAAACCAGCAAUUUGCCGGUUUGGACUGAUUUUGACCAAGCCAGACUGAUUUCUGUUUCAAAAAGUGUUGAAAAAAUUGGUGCGAAAUUUUCUCAUUUUUGUAUAAUUUUGUUCCAAAAUGACUAAGUCAUCUGACUCAGAUGUAUUCCUGAAAAGCUGUUGUGUUCAUGUUUAGUUAAUGAGAAAGUUAAAAUAAUUUUUAUUAUCAAGCAAUUUCAGUCCUACAUGUGUGUGUUUCAAAAGGGCCAUGCGGUUUAUGGCUAUAUUCAAUAGCUUAAUUUCUAUAUAAUAGUGCGUAUCCAAAUCACAAAACUUUGUAUCUGGUGUUCAUAGCUGACUUUAUGGUCAAAUCAAAUAUCAACCUGAAAUUAAUUGUAAAUACCGAACUUUAUUCUCAUUAGAUCAGAUAAUUAUUUUUGGAAUCUCUUUCCCUCCUCUGGCCAGUAACUCCAGCCCCAUUUUGUUAUGUUUUACAAAAAAUAGCUCAUUUUUUUUAGUUUAAGUUUGUGUGAGUCUGUGCUAAAAUUUUAAAAUUAAUUAUUAAAUAUUAUGUUUAUUUGUUUAAAUAAAAUAUUGACUCCCACAUUUGUUUGAAACAUGUCUGAAUAGGGUAACUACUGCUAUGUAGAAUUUUCAUACCAUUUUGGAUAAUUUUCAGUAGUUUUUUGACACAAAAGUACUUACACCAAAUCAGAAGGAUUUUCAGUAUGAUAAUGAAGUUAUGACACAACUUAACAAAAAAAGUACUAAAAUGAUUUAUAAUUUCCCAACCAACUUAUGUUGCAUUUCUGGGGCAGGGAAAUCAGAAAUGAUCAUUUUUUGGCAACAGUGGUCAUUCACUUCAGAAUUUAUUAAACAAGAUUUCUAAAAUUCUAAACAAGUUUGUAUCAAAUAAAGUAAACAAGUAUAAUACAUUUUGUAUUUAAUGACCAUGAAUGAGGUAUUCUACGGUAUCUAUCAUACAUACUACAUGAUUUACAGCGCUCAAUACAUGAAACAUUGUUAUAAAGUGUGUACAUUUUCAACAAUUUCAUUUAUGGGUAAUGUAAAAAAUUAUUAUACUGUGAAACCCUGUUGACUCAAGCUCCCAUGGCACGUCUAAAGUACUUUGAGUCUUGGGAAAUUCAGACCAAAAAGGAAAGCUUCCAUUUUAGUAGAAAAAAAAGAGUCCUUUAUAUCCAGUUUAAGCCAAUGAGGAAAUCGAGCCAAGCUAGUUCAAGCCAAUGGGUUUUGCCUGUACGCUUAUAUAAAAA